CAUUAAGCAACAGUGCCUCGACCUCGAAGUAUAAUAUAUUUAAUUGAAGUGCAAAUCCUAAGUCCAGUUCUUGUAUCCUUGUGCUUGGAGGAACUCUCAUGUCCACACCAUAAAAGGAGGCAGAGUUUUCUGGCUUUCUUCUUCCCCCAGUUACCAAAAUCCCAUCUUUUCUCUUUCAAUUUCCUCCCAUUUUUCUCUUGUGAGCAGCUGCAAGAACUAGAGCAGAAACAAACACUAACACUACUAGUUUGGAGAGAGAAAAAGUAGUAAGGAAAUUGAAGGGAAUAUUUUCAACAGAUUCUUCCCUUAUCAAAAUUAGUUUAGCCUCAAUGUCAAACAUCACAAGUUGUGAUAGUGGGAGCUUCUCUAGUGAGAAUAACAGAGAAGAUGCAGUUAAACAGAAAUCAUUGAUUCUGGGCCAGCUCCAUAGUCCAAAUUCUCAUACUUCAACUACAACAAAUAAUAGCAUCAAUUCAAACACAAAUUCAGAACUACCUCCACUAGUUAAGAAGAAAAGGAACCUACCAGGAAAUCCAGAUCCAAGUGCUGAAGUCAUAGCUCUAUCACCAAACACUCUGGUGACCACAAAUCGUUUCAUAUGUGAAAUCUGCAACAAAGGGUUUCAAAGAGACCAAAACCUCCAAUUGCACCGGCGAGGCCAUAACCUGCCAUGGAAGCUUAAACAGAGAACCACCGCAGAAGUUCGAAAACGGGUUUAUGUUUGUCCUGAACCCACAUGUGUUCACCACAACCCGGCUCGAGCACUAGGCGAUCUCACUGGCAUAAAAAAGCACUUCAGCAGAAAGCAUGGUGAGAAGAAGUGGAAAUGUGACAAGUGCUCGAAGAAAUAUGCAGUACGGUCUGAUUGGAAAGCUCAUUCAAAAAUAUGUGGCACAAAGGAGUACAAAUGUGACUGUGGCACCAUAUUUUCCAGAAGAGACAGCUUCAUCACCCAUAGAGCUUUCUGCGAUGCACUGGCUGAUGAGAAUAACAAACAGAACGAAGGACAGUUAUCAAAUAUGGGUCCAAACUUGCAGAACCAACCAUUAAUCCCAAACCUAGCAGCACCAUCCUCAUUGCCAAUCAACACCAAUGAACUUAUGACAAUGACUGCAAAACCCUUCAACAUUAACAUGACUGCUGCACCCGGAACAACCACAUUAUUCUCUUCUCCGGCCUCUCUUCUUCAAUUGGGGGGUAAUUCAAACAUAUUAGACGAGGCCAUGCUCCACAACAUGGCCUCACCUCACAUGUCAGCCACAGCGUUGCUGCAAAAAGCUGCUCAAAUGGGUGCAACAGUGAGUAGUAAUAAUAACAGUGGCAUGGCACCACCAUCACAGUCAUAUGGUAUCAUGAACCAGCAUGUGCACAUUAAUGGUCAACAUGACAUUAACUUGUCGUCUCAGUACGACUAUAACGGGAUGGUUAGUUCAGGAGCUACUGCUGCAGGUAGUGUUGUUGGGAUGAGUGGUUUGGAGAUGUUCAAUGCUAUAUUGGAUCAGAGUAAGGCAUUGUCGAGGAUCAUAGCGCAGAAUAGUACUACUGCUCGAAGCAGCAACAGUUUGCAUGGUCAAUGUGAUCCAAUUACGAGUGGUGGUGGUGGCAGCAAUAAUGUUCAUGUUAAUGGUGGAAAUGAAGAUGUGAUGACUUUGGACUUGCUGGGAAUAGGAGGAGGAGGUGGUGGUGCGCAUGGCGGUUUCUAUGGCGGUGGAGAUCAAGGGCGGUCAGAAAGAGAUCAUGAUGAUAUGUGGAGAAAUUGGUCAAACAAGAACACCGGGUUUGAAUCGUUUUCGGCAACAGGCAGCAUUUGAGUUCUGAUCAUAUGAAUUACAUUGUCUAUUUUGGGAGGGUGGAAUAUUUUUCAGCUGAGUAGUUGGGUUUUUUUAUGCUAAAAUUCUCUUGACUGGACUCCUCUUGUCUCUUAAAUUAGUGUUCAAUAAUGUUAAAAUUUUAAAAUCGCCCCUUACCAUUUCAA